CUAACGGGUAAGAACGUACUCACUCGCAACAAGUCCAACAUCCCACACCUCUGCCAGCUCAGCCAGCAGUUGCCCAGCCAUUCAACCAACACAGUUCUCCCUUCAAUCGAAACGCCACUCGUAGUGCAUUCAAGAGUUUCAGCGCGCCUAAUUUGAAAUCUCUCAACAAGUGCUGCUCUUCUAGUGCGUUCGGUUCUUACUACCAGUGAAAUAUCUUUAGUGUCACAAUGCAUUCAUCAUCCAAUCAGAGAUUUUUGAAAUGGGGAGCCCUCCUCUUCAACUUUAUCGUCCUCAUUGUGGGACCGACCCUGAUGGCCUUGUCACUCCGGGUCCUUUUCGAUCCCGAUUUCACCCACUUGUUUUUCCACGACGGUAAUUAUUUCGUCGGACACAUUCUGGUCGCCAUCGGCGCUUUGAUGACAGUGGCCGGAAUCCUCGGAUGCAUCGGAGUCUUGGCCGAAAACAGCUGCCUCCUCUGGAUGUUUUUCGCUUCCAUGGCAAUUUUCCUGAUUACCGAAAUCGUCGGAGGUUUCGUCCUCUACCAGCAGCAGGCCGACCUGCAGAACGACGUCCACAAUUCCAUCCGGGUGGCCGUCGAGCGUCACUAUGGCAACGACCUCUCCAACACCACCAAACUGGACCUCAUCCAAGAAGCCUGGAAAUGUUGCGGAACGACGGGCUACAAGAGCUGGUCCCGCUCCGAGUACGGCAAACGCCACAUGACCCGCGAUUUCAUCGACAAGGACGCCACUUACACGGUCCCGAAAUCCUGCUGCGUCGACCAGACGUCCUUCGAAUGCGAGCGAGUCUCCUUUUCGGACGGUGUCCGCGGUGAAGAUCAAUCGAGAGUUCUCUUCCAGGAGGGAUGCGGUAAGAAAUUGGUGGACACCAUCAACAGCUACGCCAGGUACACCUUCGUCACCAUCACCGUAGUGGCGGUCGUCCAGAUCGUUGCCAUGGUGUUGACGGCACUUUUCGCCGUCAACAUCCGCCAGCAAGUGAGCGGUGACAGCCGAUUCACUUCGCGACAGGGUCUCAAUUCAUCUUACGCAUCAGCGCCCAUGCUAUCCAAUUCUUUUUCUUUUCAUAAUCACAGCGCCGAAUCGGCCGAUUCCAAACGACAAUUCACCCCUUCUUCCACAUCGAUGAACUCGUUAAAUCUGGAGCCGGUCAUCAUGUCCAAAUCGUCAUCGCUUGUUUGAAUCAAUCGAACAUUUUUUAAAAAAUUUUUUCCUAAUUUAAUUCGAGUGUCUUAUUUUCUAGCCAUAAAAUUGUAUGAACAUUAUAGCGUUUAUAUAGAUGAGAGAAGAAGAAUCAAAUCAGGAAUUCCAAAUAAUCUCCCCCCACCAUGAAAAUUCUGUGUGAAUGUACAUACGUGUGAAUGAAUGUUGAUGACGAAUUGCCUUUGAUUAAUCACGCCGACGACGACUACAUAAAAAUGUGACAAGACUUUAUGACAAUACAUCGACUGAUUGUUACCGACUCUUUUAUAUAGACCUCUCAUUUGGCAUUUUAUCCUUGUACAAAAGACGAUUGUUCAUUCAACUUCCCUUUUUGAUAUCAAACAUCUUCAUCGACUACUAUUUUAAUAAUUAGCGACUUGUACUAAUUAUAACGAACGUUUCAUGUAGGACAAAUGUCUAAAAAACUUAACGGACUAUCAGAAUUCAGACUCGAAGAAUUUUAAUUGGACAUCCGGACUCAUUCAACUAACUUACAAGGAUAUAUGCCUUUGAACUGAAAAUACAAGAAUUUUAUAUCGAUUUAA